AUGUGACAAUUAGUCAGUAGUGUGACGUCAGCGAUGAAAAACCACACAGCGAUAACAGCAUUCAUCAUCCUGGGGUUGACAAAGGACCCUCAGCUACAGAUUUUGGCUUUCAUCUUUCUGUUCAUCACAUACAUGUUAAGCUUACUUGGGAAUAUGACUAUCAUUUUUCUCAUUUUAGUGGACUCUCAUCUAAAGACAGGUAUGUACUUUUUUCUUCAAAAUUUCUCCUUUUUAGAAAUAUCAUUCACAACUGCGUGUGUACCCACAUAUCUGCAUAUCAUAGCAACUGGUGAUCAAACUAUCUCCAUCAAAGCAUGCUUCAUCCAAAUAUUUUUUAUUGUUCUCUUUGGAGCUACAGAAUUUUUUCUCUUGGCCGUCAUGUCCUAUGACCGCUAUGUGGCCAUCUGCAACCCCCUGCAUUAUGUGACCAUCAUGAAUAGCAGAGUCUGCAGGAUUCUCAUCCUCUGUUGUUGGGUGGCUGGCCUAUUGAUAAUCCUCCCUCCUCUUGGUCUGAGCCUCCAUCUGGAAUUUUGUGAUUCUGUCAUUGAUCAUUUUUACUGCGAUGCUUCACCACUUCUGAAGAAUUCAUGUUCAGACACGUGGUUCAUAGAGCAACUGGUUAUAAUUUGUGCUGUGCUGACCUUCAUAAUGACUCUUGUAUGUGUAGUUCUAUCUUACAUGCAAAUAAUUAAGACUAUUCUAAGAUUGCCUUCUGGCCAGCAGAGGAAGAAAGCCUUUUCCACCUGUUCUUCCCACAUGAUUGUGGUUUCCAUCACCUAUGGCAGCUGCAUCUUCAUGUACAUCAAACCCUCAGCAAAGGAUGAAGUGGCCAUAAACAAGGCAGUUUCUCUGCUCACUACAUCUGUUGCUCCUUUGUUGAACCCCUUCAUUUAUACCCUGAGAAAUAAACAAGUAAAACAGUCAUUCAAUGACAUCCUCAAAAGAUUUGCAUUUCUUUCAAAGAAUGUGUAG